ACAGUGUAUCUGUUCUGGUCACAAUAAAUAUUAAAUAAAUGUGCUCCUUAUUUAGAGGAAUUGCCUUCUCUACCUGCUACUUAACAGUUAAAAGUAGGAAGCCCCUAACAGAAGGUUUGCCUAAGCUGACAAUGAAACACCUGAUAAGGAUCCAGCAAAGCUAAAUGACUGGGACGACCCCCCCCCCCUCCCCCAAAACCAUCAAACAUCAGAUUGUUGGAUAAAUUAAGUGAUGCCUUUUUUGGGGGUUUUCAAGAUUUGUUUAGUGCUGAAAUGUAGGAUUCAAAAGGUUUUUUUGUCAUUUUGUACAAGUACUCAUUACAAAGAGAUGCUUACUUGUGUGUUUCCUGAAGACUGGGUAAUUCAACACAGGUUAAAAAGCCAUAGGACAAACAUUUAGUUACAGGACGUUGGACAAAUUAUCAGUCAUGUGACUACAGAAGAGAAUCGAUUCACAUUGACGUUUUACGUGCAGUGCACACCUGCGUCCUCCAUAUUUGAAAACGCGUUUUUAUUUGAUACUCCUCGGCUACCGUUACUCUUUACAGCGUAUCGGUAAAUUUGAGAGUCGGAAAGGGAAUAUCUAUAGAAACUAUCGAACGAAGACAUUAAUUUUGUAUACCACUAACCGCCUUACUUGCGAACUAUGAUAUAACAACGUUUGAUGUGUUUUUUUACGAUAGUUCGCGUGACGAUCGAUUAGACACACAUGGUUCUAGUGGCGCACAUGUUUCUAGUAGUCGCUAGUGAUCGGCGUGUUUUCGUCCUGCGCGGGUAGACCCUAAUUUUUUCCAGGGACCAAAAAUCUAAAUAAUUAAUAGAAUAGCAGCUUUAAAUUAAAGGCAAAAUGUCUCAACUACAAGCGAGAUUCUUCACAGAAAAUGAAAAGUAUAAAAUCGAUGACGUCCCGUUCUCCAUCCCAGCUUCAUCGGAGGUAAAGGAUCUUAGUGACGUCAUAAACAAGCUGCUCCAAGCGAAAUACGCUGCCCACAGCCAUGUUGACUUUGACUUCUUGGUCAGAGGACAGUUCCUUCGCAUGCCGUUGGUUGAUCACAUGGAAGCCGAGGGCAUCGCAACGGAAGAGGUGGUGGAGAUUGAGUAUGUGCAGAGAUUCACGGCGCCGGAGCCUGAGGAGUGCAUCAUGCACGACGACUGGAUCAGCUCCGUGGAGGCUGACAUGGAGUGGAUCCUGACCGGCUCCUACGAUAAGACUGCGCGGAUCUGGUCGCCGGAGGGGAACGCUGUGAUGACCCUGGCGGGUCACGCGGACGUGGUGAAGGACGUGGCCUGGGUGAAGAGAGACGGGUUGACUUCCUUGCUGCUCACCGCCUCCCUGGACCAGACAGUAGUGCUGUGGGAGUGGAGCUCGGAGACAAACAAAGUGAAAGCCCACCACUGCUGUCGAGGUCACGCCGGCAGUGUGGACGCCGUCGCUGUCGACCCCACGCAGACCAAGUUCUGCAGUGGCUCCUGGGAUAAAAUGCUCAAGAUCUGGUCUGCAGUCCCCACAGAUAAGGAGGACGAGUACCAGGAGAUGCUGGACAGACCACGGAAAAAGCAGAAAACCGAGAAGCUGGGUUUGACUCGAACCCCCCUGAUGACUCUGUCUGGACACACUGAGGCGGUCUCGUCCGUGCUGUGGUGUGACAGCGAGCAGAUCUGCAGUGCAUCCUGGGAUCACACCAUCCGGCUGUGGGACCCAGAGACCGGGAACCUGAAGUCCACUCUGACUGGCAGCAAGGUGUUCAACUGCAUUUCGUACUCCCCGCUGUGCCGGCGCCUGGCCUCCGGGAGUGCUGACCGCCAUGUCCGGCUGUGGGACCCCCGUUCCAAAGAUGGAUCGCUGGUGCUGUCCUCCCUCACGUCGCACACGGGCUGGGUGACGGCGGUGCAGUGGUCUCCCACGCACGAGCAGCAGCUAGUGUCCGGGUCCCUGGACUGCAUGGUCAAACUGUGGGACACACGGAGCUGUAAGGCUCCCUUGUAUGACCUGGCAGCUCAUGAAGACAAAGUGUUCUGUGUGGACUGGAGGGAAGAUGGGCUUCUGCUGAGCGGGGGGGCAGACAACAAGCUCUACACCUACAGAUACUCGUCCUGCGUGUCUGGUGCUGGGGCAUAACCGGGCUCCACGACGGACUGCCCGGCCAAACGGGGCGCGUGGGACACUGGGGGGGUACAACUGUAAACGAAAGUCUUAUUUUUAUGGUCAUUCUAACUCGUAUUGAUUGGAUGAAUAUUGUUACUGACUGUAUGAUGAAAGAAAUAAAAAUGUUGGAAAAAG